UAUCUCUCUCGGAAGAGAAGAGACUGAAGAUAUUUCUGAGAUGUUAGCCAGAGCUCCACCUCCUUCUUUUCCUUUUCCGGCGAGAAGUAAAGUUUGUUAUCGAAGAGAGAUUGUGCGGCUGUUUCCUAACGUCGGAGGACGAGGAGUGGUGAGAAGAGACGGUUUCACUCGUCGGUCACUGGAGACUUCAUGCUCGAGUGAGGUUGUUAACGACUCCACCGAUGAUGGAUUCAUCGUAAUCAAAGCGCAAAACCUAGAGAAAGAGUUAUAUCCUUCGCCUCCGUCUGAUUUGGCUUCUUCGAUCCCGUCAGAAUCUUCGAGAAGAAAUGUUUCGCGUUCCAGAGGAGUGAACUCGAGUUUCGGGAGGCUUAAGGCGCAGAAAGUGAAGGCUCUUGUUGGUAAGGUAACGCAGAAGAAGCAGCAUGUGAGUCGAAAUGAGGAAGAAGAAGAAGACGAGGACGGUUAUGAGGAUUUUUCUGAGAGUGAAGGAUUUGGUUCAUCAUCAAUUCUUGAUUUGAUGAGGAAGAAGUUGGCUAUGAAGGCUAUUCCUAGUUCAGGAAAAUCUUCAGAGGUGAAAAGAUUUAGCAAAGUGAGAGAAUCUAGAGAGCAAAGAGAUAUAUAUAGACCACAAGAACAUGAUGAGGUUUCUAAUCGUCAGAGAGAACGCUCGCUGAGUUCAGAUUCAAACGGUUAUGCUGCUAACUCCAGGGGUAGAGGAGAUAGAGUUCCGCUUGCAAAAGAUUUAGAUACAUUCAAGGGGCGUGACAGAGCUGUUACUGUUAAUGAAAGAGCAGGAUCAAGGAGUUCAUCAUAUUCAAAAGACUCUGCUUACAACUCUAGGGGAAGAGAAGAUAGACGUUUUGUUAGCAAAGAGUCAGAUACAUAUCAGAGACGUGAUAGAGCUAUGGAUGAGUUUUCAGAUACUCGGUAUUUCAAUGAUAAUGAGAGAGAAAGAUCACAUUUUUCAAAUUCAAAAGGCGCUUCUCGUAACUCCAGGGGUUGGGGUGAUAGGCGUUCUGUUGUAUAUGCUAGAGAUAUGGAGGAUUGGAGAGAGAAUAAAACCAAGUCUACUAGGGAGACUGGCUUUUUUAGCCGCAAAAGUUUUGCAGAAGUUGGAUGUAGUGAAGAUAUGAUGAAGGCCUUAAAGGAGAAUAAUUUUGAUCGACCAGCACAGAUUCAGGCUCUGGCUUUUGCGCCAGUUGUUGAUGGAAAGAGUUGUAUCAUAGCUGACCAAAGUGGAUCAGGAAAGACACUGGCAUAUCUUGCACCUGUUAUUCAGCGUCUCAGGGAAGAGGAACUUCAAGGAUUGAGCAAAUCGUCUUCUGGUUGUCCUCGUGUUAUUGUUCUGGUACCGACUGCAGAGUUGGCUUCCCAGGUUCUUGCCAACUGUAGAUUAAUUUCAAAGUCUGGGGUCCCGUUCCGGUCCAUGGUAGUGACUGGUGGUUUCAAGCAACGGACCCAGCUUGAAAAUUUAGAGCAAGGUGUGGACGUUUUGAUUGCAACACCAGGACGUUUCACGUACCUUAUGAGUGAAGGAAUUUUGGGGCUGUCAAAUUUGAGAUGUGCCAUAUUAGAUGAGGUAGAUAUACUCUUCGGCGACGAGGAGUUUGAGGCAGCUCUUCAGAAUCUGAUCAGUUCUUCCCCUGUGACUGCACAGUAUCUGUUUGUUACAGCAACCUUGCCCCUCGAGAUAUACAACAAACUUGUUGAAGUUUUCCCUGAUUGUGAAGUUGUAAUGGGACCUCGUGUUCACCGUGUUAGCAAUGCCCUUGAAGAGGUUCUUGUUGACUGCAGUGGAGAUGAUAAUGCAGAGAAAACUCCUGAGACUGCUUUUCAGAACAAGAAAGCUGCUCUACUUCAGAUCAUCGAGGAAAGUCCUGUUGCCAAGACUAUCAUCUUCUGCAAUAAGAUUGAGACAUGUAGGAAAGUUGAGAAUAUAUUCAAGCGGCUUGAUAGAAACGAAAGGCAGCUGCAUGUCCUCCCGUUUCACGCAGCACUCGCACAAGAGUCAAGGCUUAAAAACAUGGAAGAAUUCACUUCAUCUCAUCCCGAAGAUCAUUCACUGUUUCUUGUCUGCACGGAUAGAGCUUCUCGUGGGAUAGAUUUCUCUGGUGUUGAUCAUGUGGUGCUGUUUGAUUUCCCACGUGACCCUAGUGAAUACGUAAGACGUGUUGGAAGAACAGCGAGAGGGGCUAGAGGAGAAGGAAAGGCUUUCGUCUUUGUAGUGGGGAAACAAGUAGCGUUGGCAUGGAGGAUCAUUGAGAGGAACCAGAAGGGUCAUCCGGUUCAUGAUGUCCCAAACGCUUACGAGUUCACAACCUGACUUUAGAUGAACUCUUCGUGGUCUGUUGCAACCUCUCUCUGUGUUGAGAGAAACAAGAAGGUUCAUUCGGUUCCUCAUGUCCCAGAUGUUUACUGACAAGAACGUACUUGACUACAAUCGAUACAACCGGCGUUUAGUAAUCCUUUUUUGUCGAAAUGUUUGUAUGCAUUCUAGUGGGCACCUAUUGGGCCAUUUGGGCCUCAAGUUACAAUUUCUUUGUAUUUUUCAUAUUUCCAAAAAUCCGGUUUAAAACUAAUCCCCCGGAAUCUAAAACCUCCUUGAAGUGUCAUGCAUGCAGGAUUUGAAAAGUUUCAUCUCUCCCUAAGAACAUUUAUUCAUGGAGGAUCAUUCGAAAUAAC